AUGAAGACCCUCCUGCUGUAGGUAGUAAUCGUGGCCUUGGGCCUGCUGCAAGUCCAGGGAAGUUUACUGGAUUUCCGAAAAAUGAUCCGGUUGGUGACAGGAAAGGAACCUAUAUCCAGCUAUGGUUUCUAUGGUUGCCACUGUGGUGUUGGUGGUAAAGGAUCCCCCAAAGAUGCGACAGAUCGGUGCUGCGCUGAACACGACUGCUGCUAUAAACGUCUGGAGAAACGUAGGUGUGGCACCAAAUUCCUGAAUUACAAGUUUACCAAGAGUGGAAGCCAAAUUGUCUGUGCAAAACAGGACUUCUGCAAGAGCCAGCUGUGUCAAUGUGAUAGAAGUGCUGCCUACUGUUUGGCGAGAAACCAGAAGACCUAUAAUAAAAAGUUCCAGUACUACUCCAAUGGGCAGUGCAGUGGGAAGACCCCCAGCUGCUGAA